AUGGCUGGGACAAGGCGAUCAUCACGGCUCAGCGCCGCUGCUGCGGCCAUGCCUCCCCCGCCCUCGCCCGCACCCACCACCAACGGCCGCAAGCGCAAGGCCAAUGACGAGGCAACCCCUAACGGCCAGGUAGCCCCGUCGACGCCCAAGAAGAAGAGGAGUCGCGCCCCCCCCCCGCCGCUGACACCGACCCCCAGCGCCGUCGGCAUCAUCGCCGAGCCGGCGAUCCGCCGCCCGGGCCCGCAGACGCCCAAACCUGCCGCCGUCACCCGCCUCGCCGACCCGCGCGGCACCAACGCGAUGCUGCUGUCGCCCGAGACGUCGCGGCUUAUCGCGCCGCGCGACGGCGAAGACCCGCCGUCGCCGUCCAAGGGCCGCGACGGCAAGCCUGCGACGACGACGCAAACACUGCUGCAGGAGGCGUGCGAGCACCUCAUCCGCGUGGACGAGCGCAUGCGGCCGCUCAUCGAGAAGCACACGUGUCGCGCGUUCUCGGCCGAGGGCCUGGCCGAGCAGGUCGACCCGUUCGAGAGCCUGGCGAGCGGCAUCAUCUCGCAGCAGGUGUCCGGGGCGGCCGCCAAGUCGAUCAAGAACAAGUUUGUCGCCCUCUUCUCCGCCGACGACAGUAACGUCGGCACCGCGCCGGCGUCGUCGCGCUUCCCGCACCCCUCCCAGGUGGUCGCCGCCCCGCUCGAGCGGCUGCGCACGGCGGGCCUGUCGCAGCGCAAGGCCGAGUACAUCAGCGGGCUGGCAGGCGAGUUCGCGUCGGGGAAGCUGAGCGCGCGCGCGCUGCGGGACGCGCCGUACGAGGAGGUGCUGGAGCGGCUGACGGCGGUGCGCGGGCUCGGGCGGUGGUCGGUCGAGAUGUUUGCGUGCUUCGGGCUCAAGCGCAUGGACGUCUUCUCGCUGGGCGACCUGGGCGUGCAGCGCGGCAUGGCGGCGUUUGUCGGGCGCGACGUGGCGAAGCUGCGGGCCAAGGGCGGCGGCAAGUGGAAGUACAUGUCGGAGCAGGACAUGAUUGCCUUGUCGGAGCCGUUUGCGCCGUAUCGCAGCCUGUUCAUGUGGUACAUGUGGCGGGUCGAGGAGACGGACAUUAGCACCAUGGAGACGUAG